AUGAUGCGGUACAGUAUUGCCGCCGCGACCAGCCUGCUCCUCGCUGCUGGCGCAACGGCGGCGGUCGUUCGCUCCAACCAUGCCUGCGCCAGCGUCAGCGACUCAUGGAUCGAGCAGAAGGCCUCGAGCAAGCCGGGUGACAAAUUUGUAGCAAGCGUGCCGGCCGCCCUGGCGUACGACUGCCUCAACUCGGUGCCUCUCGAUGAGCAGGCCGCUCGCGAGCUCGUCGACGCGCUCGAGCCGUACCUCCAGUUCCAGUCUGACACGGCGUACAAGGCGAACCCCCCUCCUGGCUACCCCUUUCCCGCUCACGAUAUUUUUGCCAGCCUUGCUUCGGUGAAAGGCAAGGUUUUGAGCAAAGAGUACCGCAGCGAGUACGCCUUUCAGCUGGACCUUUUCGAGACUGUCUUUGCCCCCGGCCAUGAUAGUCAAUUCCAGUAUGUCCCAGACAUCUUGUCGUUGCCGGUGGCAUGGGGCCGGACCGACUUCUUGGUGUCCGUCAGCGACGACGGAUCCUCGCUGCCCGUCAUCAAGCGAUAUGAGGACGUUGUGGAGGACCCGGUGAAGGCGCCCGUCAUUAUCGCCAUCAACGGUGUCGAUGCCGCCAGCUUCAUCGAAUCGGUCGCCGCAAAGGGUACCGAGUGGAGCGACGUCGACGCCGGCUACAACUCCAUGUUUAUGCAGCGGUCGGCGAACAGCAGGUUCGGGAUCAAGGGAAGUUUUCACCGCGGUGGAAACAUAGGCCUUGCUUAUCCGGGUCCAACCACGAGUUAUACCUAUGACAACGGGACUACCGUCACCGUCAACAACGUGGCCAGACUUCGAGGUGAUUGGAGUCAACUCAGGGAUGGAGCUGCCGUCUUCGCCAUGUUUUGUGUUCCGGGUGGCCAGCACACGGCGCGUCCAGCUCCGAAACACCCGUAUAUUUACGAUACUCCUCCUCUGUUCGCCGCCAAGGAUGGCCGUUUCUUCAAAUAUCCCGAGCCCGUCAUCGCCACCUCCGAUCUUGUCGUUUCCGGCUACUACCUCAACGGGACCGGACUGGAUCACGUCGCGGUUCUUGCCCUCAGCAGUUUCGUCGGCAAUAGCACUGCCGAAUUUCAAUCGGUAUGCUCCCGCUUCUUGGAAAUGGCCGCAGCGGCUGGCAAGACGAAGUUGGUCAUCGACGUCCAAUACAAUCCUGGCGGCAUCUUCCUCCAGGCUAUCGACUUGCUCCGGCAACUGAUACCGCAUAUCCAUGUGGACUAUAAUCUCCGCCAGAAGAUGAGUGGUGGAGCUGUGGCAUUGGCUCGGAGCUUCGACGAACGUCUGGCCGGCAUCGACCCCCUCGCAGCGCCGGAGAAGGACGUGGCGUGGGACUCGGGUCUUUGGUAUACCAAUUGGCGUUUCGGCGUCGAUGUCCACGGUCGAAAGUUUACCAAGUUUGAGGACAAGUUCUCGUCCCAGGUGAUCAAAGAAACGACCUACACGUCCCUCUACCGCUGGGAUCUUCAAGACCCCCUCAUCACGACCAACAAGCAGUACGGCGUCGGCAUAGAGAUCACGGGCCACGGGACGCGGGCCAACGCGGGCGUGUUGCGGUUUCGUCCCGAGAAUAUCGCCAUCCUCCACGAUGGCAUCUGCAACGGUGCGUGCGCCUUUUUCUCGGAGCAACUCAGCCGUCAUGGCGGCGUCAAGACGAUUGUCCUGGGUGGACGUCCAAAGUUGGGUCCGAUGCAAGGUUCGGGCGGCGGCAAAGGCGGCCCCGUCAUCCCCUUGCAUACGCUCUACGAAGCCGUGCAGAGGGCGAAGGCGGUAGCGAAAGACGGUGAGCAUAUCGCGGCCCUCGAUCGCUUCAGUGACGUUGCAUUCCGUCGGUCGACCUAUGCGACCGUCAACUCGGCCGACUGGAUCCUCGAUGAGCACAUUGAGGAUGGCGUACCGACGCAGUACUUGACCAGCCACGCCGACUGCCGCCUUUUCUGGACGGUGCCCAUGCUGCGGGAUGGCGCCGAGGUUUGGAAGGCGGCGGCCGAUGCUGCCUUUCACGGUGCCAAGUGCGCCUACGGCGGCCUGUACGCAGUCAAGGUUGCGCACUCGGGCCUCCGCAUGCCACGUUGA